CCCCUAUAUAAAAUCUUCCACAAAAUCAAAAUGCAUUCCUCUUCGUUCAUAUUACGUCUCUCAAACUUAACCAUUCCAAAAAAGCUCAACACCAAAAGAACAAACAGUAAUUAUGUCAUUGCCAUUGCCGCCUCGAUCCAGAGUAACUGUCAAUGGAAUCCAGAGAAUGAGGACAUAUCAUUACUACUGGUGUCGCUAUUGCCAAAGAUCCAUCAGAACCACCACCACAAAUCCUUCCGAGAUCAUUUGUCCCCGUUGUUUCCGCGAACUUAGAUAUGAACUUGAUCUUUCCAAUCCUAGGCUCCUUUUCAGCGAUCAUCACAUGAUGAUCAUCCCGAAUGCGCGGCCAGAGCCGCAGCCCUCUAGAUUGUUGGAUGCAUUAUCCUUGAUGCUUGAUCCAUCUCUGAGGCACCAAAACAUGGAUGAAACUCAACACAGGCGUCGUGCCCGGGUCUUAAUCCAGUUCAUCGGCCCUGAUCAGCUUCCUCCACGACGCGAAAACCUGAUCCCUGGAAUUUCAAAUACGAGACAGGCUGGAGUAGUACAUGAAGCUGGAUUGGAAGGCCUAAUCCAAGAACUAACUCAGAAUGAUCGGCCUGGACCGCCUCCAGCUCCUGUUUCGGCUAUUGAAGCGCUGCCAAUCAUCGUCCUCACUCAAAAUCACCUGGAAAACGAUUCGAAUUGCCCUGUUUGUAAAGAUGACUUUGAAAUUGGAGGAGAAGCCCGAGAACUGCCCUGUAAACAUUUCUAUCAUUCUGAUUGUAUCCUUCCAUGGCUCCACAUCCACAACACUUGCCCCGUUUGUCGUUUUGAGCUCACUGGUUCAUCAUGCAAUGAAAAUCUCCAAGAAGGGCAAGGCGACAACUUCCAUGAACAAGAAGAAGAAGAAGAAGAGGUGAGUAGUUCUUUUCAGAGGAAUUGGAUAAUGCAGCUGUUCUCUCGGUGGCCAUUCAGCCUUUUCUCCAGCUGGGCAUUCCAAUUUUUAAAUGUCACUGAGAACAGAACUUCUUCUGGUCGAUCACGAAGACAUGAACUUGAUCUGGUGGCUCAACUGUCUGAAUAUACAGGUCUCCAUUUGUUGCCUUAAUGUAAUGCACCCGGUAAGUUCUUCUCCAACAUAUUUCAGUUUCAACUAAGCCAAAACGAUUUGAUGAUUUAACUGAUCAGAUACAGAGAUUUGAUGUAUAUAGCUUACAAAGUACUCAAAGAUUAUCUCUCAUCAGGUAUUUAAGGAAUCAAUAUAUAGUGGAAUAAAGCUUUUGUUCCAUCAUUUGAAGUUGUACAAUGUUUGGUUGACACUAACAAAUUCUUUUUAGUGAAGAGUGGAGAUCGGGUUACAGUUAAGACACAAUUCAUGUAGGUUCCAUUAUGAUCAAUAAUCAAAGCCUAAUUCACAAGGCAAAAUCAUCUUUCACUAUAGCAAAAUAAAGCAGAUUCAGCUUACUUUAUGGUCUCCAGGCUUAUGGCUCCAAAAAACAGAAGUCAAAGAUUUGAGGAGGAAAAGAAGAUGCUGAAAAGUGGGAUUCAACAUUGUGAAUUGCAGUAUUAAAAACUUACUAUCAUUUACAAUGUGAUUCAGCAUAAUUUCACUAGCUUCCUGUGGAUGAUCAUCAAAAUUACUUAUCCUGUCAUUUUGACACAAGACGUUUUCACGUUUCCCAUUUUCCCAUAUUACUCACUCUAUUUCAAAAUAUAGGUCACUUUAGACUCUACACGUAAACUAAGAAGACAAUCAUUUAAUAAUUAAUUUGUGUGUUAAAUUUCUAUUUGACCCAUCAUUAAUUGUUUUGGAAUUAUAACCAAUACUAAAUGAAAAGUGGUU